UUUUGUUUUUAAUUAUUUUGUAUCAAUGUUUUCAAAUGUGUAAUCUUUGUUAUUUUUCUCAUUUUGUAUCCUUAAAUAAAUUCACAGAAACACGAUAGGUAGUAUAUAAUAUUCUGUGAUAAUAUUCAUUUAACUACAUCACCUUAUUCAAAAUACUUAACAUAGUUUAAAUCAAGCAAUUUCAUUAUAAUUUUUUACUGUCCUGUCAAUGAUAUAAUUGUGUGUGAUAUUUGUGAUGAUAUUUAGAUUUUCGUAUAUCUAUUAAUUUUUUAAAAGUCAUCAAUGUUUGCAACUAUAAGAAACAAAUUGAAAUGGGGUUCCAGCAGAACUUCCGAAUGUCGGAGUAUUCAAACAUCUCUUAUUUUGUCAAUAUUUAUAUCAGUGCUUGAAGAUGUUUUAUUUUGGGAAAAAAUGUGGCUGUCUUUGUCUUUUAUGUUCUUUUUAAAUAUAAUAUUACUAUUAUGUAUUCAACAACAAAUUAAUUUCUUAGAAUUUGUUCUAUAUAUUUCUGUUACUAUCAUGUCUAUUGAUUCAUUUGAAGCCUGGUUGAAACAUAAACAUAGAACUACUUUUUUAAGAAGAUUAGUUAAUAAUGAAGGAAAUAAAUUAAGAUCAUCUGUUAAUAAUUUCAAUAAAUUGAUUGUAAAGAAAUGGGCUAAUUUUAUAUAUUUAAGAGAAAGGAAUCCAACAAAGGCAUUUCUGCUGGUCAACAUAAAUUUAAGUGUGAUGUUCCUUUUAGGAAAAUAUAUAAGUGGCUACACAUUAUUAUACAUACUUUGUAUGUUACUUUGCUUGUUUCAUAAAGUAGCACCACCAGUUCUAAAAUUAAUGAAAAAAAUUCAACAAAAUGCAGAGUCCGAUGUAGAUUUUGAAGGUUUAAUUCCAGAAAUCUCUGAAGUUGAUAUAAAUCUAUUGUCAAUUGAACCUGAGCCUGUUAUAGUUACUGAUGAACGUCAAAGUUUAGAUUGUUGGAAACCUGAAGAUUUGCCUAACGAUGAAGCAAGUGACAGUUCUGAAAACAGUAGUUCUCUAGUCACCAAUCUGUCAAUAGAAAGGAUGCAGCCUUUUGAUAAAGAUGUUGAUACAUCUGAUUCCAGUGAAGAUGAAUAUAUACCCAUUGAUCAACAAAAAGGACAAUUACAGUCGACAUUGGAAGUUAUUCAGCCUUCCGAUACAUGGAGUAGUACGGCUUAUAAUGCACUCUGGAAUUUUACUGGAGCUGUGAGUAAUAUGGUUUAUUCAAGGACCGAAGACAAUAAAAGAAAACGUGUAUCAAGUAUGGAUUCUUCAGAUGGUUUUGAAAUGAUUGAUAAAACAGAUUUAAUGUAAAACAUAUCAAAAGAGACUUUGAUAUAAAGAAAAAACUUCUUUUAUUUUAAUGAACUUUAUUAGUAAAAAAAAGUCCUCAUUAGGAAUUAACGUUCUCAGCGUCUUUGAUUUGUUAUACACUAACUGUUACAGGACAUAUUUUCUAAUCUUGACAUUAGUUCUUGGUGCUGUUUUUUUAAUGCUUGUAGCCGUACGUUGUUAAGUGCAUUUCGGGCAACAAGACCUUCUAACAUAGGUCGUGACAUCUGAAAUAAUUAUAAAAAUUAUACUUAUGUAUAACAUUGUUUAUAUAAAUUCCAAGGAAUUAUACACAUAUUUCAUCAUAUAUGCAUAGCUCAAUUCACUGAUAAGAAGACAGUUUGUCUUAGUCGCAGUUCAUCAUACAAUAGAAUUCAUUAGAAGACAUUCUAUUACAUCUUAUUUUUUUCAUUUAAAAUAAAUGUCAAUUUUUACAUGAUAACUUGAUUUUAUUGAAAUUACAAUAAAUUAAAAUACUGAUUCCCUAUAACUGUGAACACAAAAAUUACACGCUUUUGACAGUAAAUCUACAUUUUUGUUUUGUAUUAUCUAAAAGCGAUUAACGAUCGAAAUUCAUGUUGCACUGCCGUGUCGUUCGCAUCUCAUGUAAUUCUUAUUUUACACUAUCUCAACAGGAUUUACUAAAAAGGUAACCAAUUUUUGUUGAAGUUAUAACAGAAACUAGCAUGGGUUGCUAGUUUGGCCCUGGCUUCGCACGAGUUCUUUACACAAAAUAUAAAAUAGCCUAUGUAACUUCGAGAAGAUGUAGCUUUCGGUAAAAUUGGUUGAGUAGUUUAUGAGUUAAAUGGUAAUAAUAAAUAAUCAAUCAUGUUUCCUUGUUAUACAUAAUAUUAAUUAACAUUGAUACAAUAUCUAUACUUUAGGACGCGAGGCGCGGGGGUCACGGGUAUCCCGCGCGGACCGGUCGAAUCAGGGCCACAUGAAAUUAAUUUCGUUGCGCAUUAUUUUGAUUUUGCUAUAUCUAAUUAAUUUAAAUAUAAAUUAAAAAAGGUAAAGCUAUAUACAAUCCAAAAUCCAGCAUAUUUAUAAAACUGAACAUUAUCUAUUAUUUAUUUUCGAGAUUACUAGUUUAUUCCCAAUUUGUUGCUUGCAAAAAGUUAUUCAUUGUCAUUAAUAAAAUCAGUGCUGAAUUUCUUAUCAUUAUACCUAAGGUAUGUAUAGUAUACAGUGUCAUUCAAUGAGUAUAACUUAGUCUUUUUCAGUAACAUUUUAUGUAUAUGUAUACUAUUGAUUUUAUUGAAUCUCAAGCUUUAUUACAAACCUUAUUACCAAGGGUAUAGUAAAGUUUAUUCAGAACUAGAUCAGCUUUAAUUCAAUUAUAUUGUAGAAAUAGGAACAAUCAUCUUAGUUGUAGUAGUAGUAUAUUUACAUUGACAAUAAAUUUGGGCAAUAGAUACCAGUAAUAACAUGAUACCUUUUCAACUAUAUGUCCUAUUGCAAUAGUUCUGACAGCAGCAUUAUGUUGUUUAUUAAUAAUAUCAUCUGUUUCACUUUGGCCCACUUCAUUAUUGUAUGCUUCAUCUUCCUCUUCCUUCAAUAUUGCAGGCAGCUGAGUUAGUGUCUUAAAAAACAAAUAAUAUUAAAUUAAUUAGGUACACAUGAUUUUUUAUUACUCGUAGGCCUAUGUAAUUAUUUAUGUAUCAAUGUAUAAUUCAAUAACAUAGAAAAUUGUAUAAUUUUUGUGUACUUACCUCAAAGUUAUUCAUUAAUAAAGAAUCAUUGUCA